AUGGCGGAGGUUCCGGGAGACGACGUCGCGGCGCUUCUUGCAGAGGACGGAGUUGAUGCAGUGGUGUAUGCCAUGCCGUUCUCUGACUUUCUUCUGCUGGUUCUGGCUGUUCUGGCCAUCUGCGUCUUCCUCCGCAACCUCGCCCGCCGCUGUCUCGGACACGAUGCGACGGCGGCAGCUGCAGCCGAUGCCCGCCGGCACAGCUCGUCACAGUCUCAGCCCAAGCCGAAGCAGUCCUAG